CUUGCAGAGAACAACAAAGGUGCUCGUGUUCUUGUAGUUUGUUGUGAGAUCACUGCUUUGAUCUUCCGUGGCCCAAGUGACACUCACUUUGAUAGUCUAGUGGGUCAAGCUCUUUUGGGAGACGGAGCAGCUGCACUUAUAGUUGGAGCUGACCCAUUGCCUGGUGUAGAGAAGCCCUUGUUCGAGCUGGUCUCGGCAGCCCAAACCAUUCUUCCUGACACUGAAGGUGCCGCUGAUGUACAUUUGAGAGAGGCUGGGGCUACGUUCCACCUCCGCAAGGACGUUCCUAUCAUCGUCUCUAACAACAUUGAGAAGAGCCUGGUAGAGGCAUUUGAGCCUCUUGGCAUCUCUGACUGGAACUCAAUUUUCUGGAUUGCCCACCCGGGUGGACCAGCAAUUUUGGACCAGCUCGAGGAAAAGUUAACCCUUAAACCUGGGAAGCUACGCGCCACAAGGCACAUACUCAGUGAGUAUGGUAACUUGGCCAGUGUUUGUGUGCUGUUCAUUUUGGAUGAGAUAAGGAAGAAGUCCGCCGAAGAAGGGCUGAAGACCACCGGUGAAGGGCUUGAGUGGGGUGUUCUCUUUGGGUUUGGACCUGGUUUUACUGUUGAGACCAUAGUACUCCACAGUAUUGCUACAUAG